UUGAGCACAUAUGACUCAGUGUACAACCUUACCUCCACUGAAGAAACAACAAUUAGACAAAUUGUCGAAAAGAUCAAAUCCAUCUUGGUUUCUAAGUACAAUGUCCCCAUUGCUUCAAUAUUAACCGAUAUUAGCAUACAUUGUACUCUUAAGAACAAAUAUUUUGCCGCCUAUUGGGAGGUUUUCAAGAUCCUUUAUAAGGAGUAUCUGCCAGAUAAAGGCCUUGAAAACAUUCAUCCAGCCUUUAAAUACUUGCUGAAUAAGGAAUUCAACCUUAGUUUCCCUGUCAGACAGCCAUAUUUGUUAACCGUUCAUGAACCCAGCUCCAUCUUCUUCUUAAUUAUGCGCGACGACCUUCCAGCUUUAAUCGAAUACCUGAGACAGAGCUUUAUCAGUAUUGAAGAUACCUUAGACUCUGCUCUAUACCCAAUUUACAAUCUUAACCUCCUCGAAGUUGCCGCCUACCAUGGCUCUUUGACCGUCUUCAAAUACUUGCUAGAGAAAAUGCUCAUGAAGGUUACCCAAAACUGCCUCUACCUAGCAAUUAUCGGAGGAUGCAAAGAAAUUAUCGACUUGUGCCUACAGUCCCAAAAAAUGGAUGAUCAAUGCAUGAUCUAUGCAUUAAGAACCCACAAUUACGACCUUGUACAGGAUCCAGUUCUCAGUGCCAACGUUGAUAAAUCCAAAUUCUUGGAAUACAACCUCAGGAACCUCGUUUUGUACAUUAAAGAAAAACAAGACAUGGACGUAGCAUUACUUUACUCCUUCCAUUAUUACUUGCCACCUCUAUGGGACUAUUUAUCAGAUAACGGUGCAACCAUAAAUGCUCAUGAUAACGAAGGCAAUACACCAUUGCAUAUUGCUGCAAGUCACAAUUACGUUGCAGCAUUACAAUGGCUCACGAACCACGGAGCAAAUAUCAAAUUACAAAAUUCGAAGUUACAAACUCCAAUAUGCAUCGCAUCGAAGUUCCAAAGUGUUGAAUCAUGCCACUUCCUUCUCGAUAAUGGCGCCAACGCCCUAACGGUCGACGAUUCCAAGGUUCAGCCACUCCACUACGCUUGUUCCUACGGAAACAUCAGAUUAAUCACCACGUUCUUAGAUCGUGGUGCAGAUAUCAACAGCUUGGAUCAAGAAGGCCAUGGAACUCUUUACUACGCGAUCAAAUCCCACUCUUUGGAAGCAUUCUGCUUCUUGAUCGACCACGGAGCUGACAUUCACGUCAAGGACACAAAGGGACACAGCCUCAUCUUCGCCAUUACCUCUGCAGAAAGCAUUCCGAUCUUCAACAAGCUGCUCCAGCUCGGCUUCAACAUCAAUGAGACAGACACUGCCUUACGCACUGUUCUCUCUUACGCAGCAGAGAGAAAUGACCAAGUCUUCCUUGACUAUCUCAUGCACAGUGGAGCAAACGUCAACCACCAGGAUGCAGAAGGCAAGUCACCAUUGCACCACGCAGUUCAAAACGGAAAGGUAACCAAUGCAAAGCUGUUGGUUCUCCAAGGUUCGAUGUACGACCUCGAAGACAAUAAAGGCAAAGUUCCAAUUGAACUUGCCACGAUGCUCGUCAAGAGAGAGGUCGUCAACUACCUUCAAGACUGGUUCCGUGGUGAUUACAACCAUGUCGCUAACUAUUAA